UACACAGCAAAGCAUGAGCAACAAUAACACAGUAACAUUUAGUUUGUGUUUCUACAACACGCGAAUUGCAGCUCGAGAAACAAAAAUACAUAAUAAUAACAAUAAUAAAUAAAUAAAUAACAAAAACAUAUAUAGAAAAACGCCAAGUGUUUAAGGAUUAAAAACAAACGCAGUACAAAUUGAUUGAUUUAUCUUAAUGUCAGUUUAAGGCAUAUACACAAAUUUUAUAUUACAAAAUAUGCUUCGGGAAGUGUUUAAAAAGAAAUUAAAACAAAAGUGAUAGAAAGAAAGGAAAAAGGAAGAUUUAUAUAAAUACAAUUAAUAUUUGUAUAGAAAGUUAUUAAAAUCCGUGUACAGAAGUAAUACAGUCAGCAAUUCAUUUAAUUAGAAUUUAAUUUAACAACUUCCGCUGACAAUUUAUAUGUAUCUUUAAUUUUUUUGUUAUUUUUCACAAAUCCCAAAACAAGGCUGUAGUAGUACAUACCUACCAUUCGGAAUUGCGAAUGCAAACGCAAACAAAAAUUAAAUGAAAAACAAAACGUUACAGGUAACCCUCGAUUAAAGAGGAAAUUCUCUGAAAGAGUGAGUUGUAUUAUAUAUUAAUAUAAAAGAGCAAACAAAUCAUAUAAAAAUCAAGUGUUUUAAUUGGAAAAAACAAUGACAUUAGAUGAAAUGCAAAAUGGUAACGUUGUGAAUUCAUUGAAGACAAAUUCUCAAAAUCACAAUCUACAAAUGGAUAAAAUAAAUCUGACAAACGAACGAAAUUUCCAUCAAAAUAACAACAAUAUUAAUAACAAUGUAAAUAAUGCAAAUUCACAACAACAACAUUCAAAACAGAAUGAUGUUACAAUAUCAUUUUUAAGAGCUGCUCGCAGUGGUGAACUAAGUAAAGUGGUGGAGUUCUUAGAGAGUGGCCAAAUUACAGAUAUCAAUACCUGCAAUGCUAAUGGCUUAAAUGCGUUACAUUUGGCAGCCAAGGAUGGUUACAUUGAUAUAGUAGCUGAGCUAUUGAGACGAGGUAUACGGGUCGAUAAUGCUACGAAAAAAGGAAACACGGCGCUGCAUAUAGCGUCGUUAGCUGGUCAAAAGGAAGUUAUAAAAUUACUUAUUCAGUACAAUGCGAAUGUUAAUAUUCAAUCAUUAAAUGGGUUUACACCACUCUACAUGGCCGCUCAAGAGAAUCAUGAUGCCUGUGUAAGAUUUUUACUUUCUAAGGGGGCAAAUCCUUCAUUGGCAACCGAAGAUGGCUUUACACCUCUGGCCGUUGCCAUGCAACAAGGUCAUGACAAAGUUGUAGCGGUAUUGCUGGAAAGUGAUGUUCGUGGCAAAGUUCGUUUACCUGCUUUACACAUUGCAGCCAAGAAAAAUGAUGUAACGGCGGCAAACAUGUUGCUACAGCAUGAAUCUAAUCCCGACAUUGUUUCCAAAUCGGGUUUUACACCGCUGCAUAUUGCUGCACAUUACGGCAAUGUAGAUGUUGCCAAAUUGUUAAUUGAACGUGGGGCGGAUAAUGUCAUACCAAGAUUUCAGAACACGUUUGUUCAAUUCGAAAGAUUCCAGAAAAAGGAAGCUAAAUAUGUAUUUGCCGACGACGAAAUAUUCGUCGCUAUGCUUCGUAUAUGUGAGUAG